AUGUCGAUUCUUGGCCUGCUCGCGUUUCUCGUCAAUGUUUUGCCUUCAGUUGCUACAAGUUCGGCACUCUGCAACAACAGCGAGUUGACUGCCACUCUGCAGCCCCUACGAGCCAAUGUGAACUAUUCCACGUGCCAAGUGGACGCCAAUGCCGCAGCAAUCUGCGCCAGCUCCGCGUGCAAGUCGCUCAUGGCCCCAUUCGCGACCUUCAACCUUCCACCGUGUCAAGUGUCUUUCAAGGGCGUCAACUUCAACACAUUUGCACUCAGAGACAUCCACACCAGCGACUGCGAGUUUCCGACGCAAAGCCAAAUCUCCACCGGUGCCAUGAUGAGGACCAUUCUACGCCUACUGUCACUUGAGGACACAACAUAA